AUGGUACCCCCACCCCCCACCAACAAGCCCCACGUGUGCCUGUCCACCAUCCUGAUCAUGAGCAGCAUGGCACUGAUCGACGCCUAUCUCGUGGAGCAGAACCACGGCCCGCGCAAGAUUGGUAUCUGCAUCAUGGUAAUGGUGGGAGACAUCUGCUUUAUCAUUGUGCUGCGUUACGUGGCAGUGUGGGUGGGCGCGGAGGUGCGGACUGCCAAGCGAGGCUAUGCCAUGAUCCUCUGGUUCCUCUACAUCUUCGUGUUGGAAAUCAAAGUCUACUUUGUGUACCAGAACUACAAGGCAGACAGGAAAAGCCUGGACACGCUUGCCAGGAAGGCGCUGACGUUGCUGCUGUCCAUCUGCAUCCCCGUGCUGUUUGUGGUUCUGGUAGCCAUCGACCACAUGGAAUACGUGCGGGCCUUCAAGAAGAGGGAGGAGAUCCGCAACCGUCUCUUCUGGGUGGUGGUGGACCUGCUGGACAUAUUGGACAUCCAAGCUAAUCUGUGGGAACCCCAAAAGAAAGGGCUCCCCAUAUGGGCGGAGGGCCUGAUGUUCUUCUACUGCUACAUCCUGCUGCUGGUGCUGCCAUGCGUGUCCCUGAGUGAGAUCAGCAUGCAGGGGAUAAACAUUGUACCCCACAAGAUGCUGCUGUACCCCAUCCUCAGCCUGAUCACCAUCAACAUCAUCACCCUCUUCAUCCGCGGGGGGAACAUGUUGCUCUACAGGGAUGCCAGGGUGUCCGGGAUCCUCAUAGGGAAGAAUGUCUUGGCCAUCAUACUAAAGACCUGCAGCUUUGUGCAGUACAGGAGACAGUUGCAGAAUGCUCCACCGGCCUUUGGAGUGGAGCUGCAGAAGAACUCGGUACCCCACGCCCGCCCCGCCCCAACCCCGCCCCAAGUGGUCAUGCAGGACCAGACACCCCUUCCCGAGGUGACGACGUGUGAGCACACAUGA